UCACGUGUGUAUACACUGUAGGGUUCAGUACCACUCAAUUCGUAGUAAGUUGUCAACGUCCUCCCCUUUCGAGAACAAACCUCGUCAGACUAGAAACUGUAUCGCUAAAUGCUGCAGUAGCCUAAGUAACUACGCAAAAAGUAAUAGAUCUAACUAUACCGUUUUUGUAUUUUUUUCUUCCGAAUAGAAAAGGAUACGACGUUUGUUACAAGUGAACACCAAAUGUAAUUACAGAGAAAUGUCAGUGGAAGUACAGCAAAACCCGAUGCCUCCGUAGACUUGUCGCCGUGCCAAAUCUGUACUUUUCUGCCAAGCCAGUGCACCAGUGCAGCCCUCUCUCAGAGCCCUAGCUAUGUGGAGCUGUAUAGCUUACAAUGAGACGGACUCCAGCUCCGAACACCGGCUCUGCCAGGACUUUGGCCUCGUCCUUUCCGUCUUCUCCUUGUUCUACCUCAUGGUGUGCUUCCCCAUAGGGCUCUGCUACAACGCCCUGCUGGUGGUGGUCAACCUCUCCAACAAAAUGUCCAUGACCAUGCCAGACGUCUACUUCGUCAACAUGGCCAUCGCUGGCCUGGUCCUCAACCUGGUGGCCCCCGUGGAGCUGCUAGGCCCUAGCUUCACACGAUGGCCUGUGUGGGAGUACAACAAUGAGAUCUACAUCACCCUGCUCAUCCUCUUCAAUAUCUCCUCCCUGGUCAUCAUGUACUCCACCACCCUGCUCAGCCUGGACUACUACAUCGAGCGAGCGCUGCCGCGCACCUACAUGUCCAGCGUGUACAACACCAAGCACGUGUGCGGCUUUAUCUGGGGCGGCGCCGUGCUCACCAGCUUCUCCUCGCUGCUCUUCUACGUGUGCAACCACGUCUCUACCAAGAUCAUCGAGUGCUCCAAGAUGCAGAACAAGGAGGCUGCGGACGCCAUCAUGAUGUUCAUCGGCUACGUGGUUCCGGCCGUGGCCGUGCUGUAUGCUUUCGUGCUCAUCCUGCGCAUUAGGAAGGAGUCCACCCCGCUGGACCAGGACUCAUCCCGGCUGGACCCUUCUAUCCACCGGCUGCUGCUGGCCUCUGUCUGCAUGCAGUUUGUCCUAUGGACCCCGUACUACAUGACUCUACUGGUACACACUAUAGCCGGGGCGCCGGGGAGCUACGGCAGCAACAACAAACAGCGGCUCACAAUUUACUUCUUCCUGAGGUGUCUGUCGGAGCUGCUGGCCUUCUCCAGUAGCUUCGCCAUGCCUCUCAUGUACAGGCAGAUGAACAAGAACUUCUCCCACAAGCUGCAGCGGCUGCUAAAGAGGCUAAACUGCAGGGACACAUCCUGCCCUCACGAACACUCCUCAGUGCAGCAGGUGGCGACGUGAGACAGGGCCAGG